AUGAAAGCUGAAAGAUUAAAGCUACAAAAGUUGAAGAAAUCUGGUCAAAGAUUACAACUUUCUAUUGAAAAACAACCUAAGCGGCAACUAAGUCUUAAGAAUUCGAUUAAUAAUCGCAUUAAGACAACUUCAAACGAUUACUAUCGAUACGAUAUUAAAUUAAACGUGUCACAAAAUAAUGAAAAAUUUCACGUUGUAGAUUUUUCGACUGCUCCACCGAUGUUAAAAUGA